AUGUCUAGAGCUAAUACCAAUACAGACAAAGUAUACGAUAUAAUAGAUAAGGAAGAAUUGGCAAAAGUUAGAAAACUAGGCUAUUAUGAUACCAUAAAAUAUUUAAAUAGAUUCAAUUUACCAAUAAAAUUAACAGACGAGGAAUUGAAAAACCUAACUUCUAUUGAUAAGGAAGCACGCAAGAGGAAAUUAGACUCAGAAUUAAGUUCCUUUGCUCAAAAAAUUAGACAGAAAAGAAAAAAAACCACUAAUAAACAGUACCAUACUUUUUUAGAAACAUUUUCCAAUAAAAGGAAAUAUAGUCAAAACAAGCUUAACACUAAGCACAGUAACGGUACCGAUGCUAACACCAAUAUUAAUAAUUAUUCAUUAAGGCCCAGCAUUGAUGUAAGCCCAGAAACAUUUACUCAUUUAUUAUUAAGGGCACCUAGAGUCUCCACUGAACAAUUUGAACAAAUGGAUAGCUCAGAACUUACUGAAUAUUUCAAUAAUAGAAGAAAUAAGGAUUCACUAGAGAUUUUUUUAAAGUAUAACCAAAGGAAACCACAGCAAUCUCAACAGCAUCAAGAAAAAUCGAUGCAAUGA